UCGAGUUUCGACCUGUUUUUACUGUAAGAAUGGAGGAGCUGAAGGAGAUACUUAGAGAAGCAUUCGGUGAAUCAUCAGACAGCGAGGCGGAAGAUGAAUUGAGGGAGCUCAAAAGUUCAAGCAUCGUCGAAUCAGAAUCGAUAUUCGGAGCGAAGCGGUCCUGGGAACAAAUCACCGAGAUCAAUGGCCUGUGGCUGUGCAGAGAUUUUCUCUCCUCUGAUCAGCAAUGUUUACUUAUCUCAGCAAUCCAAGCAGAAGGGUGGUUCACCGAGGCAUCACAGAACCAGGCUAUGAGAUUUGGAGACCUUCCAGAAUGGGCAGUUGAACUUUCCAACUCUAUUCGCGAUGUAAUACUUUUUAAUAAUUAUGUUCAGGAGCCCCCUGGCUUAGCAAACUGUGGGAAUGGCCACGAAGCAACUCUCUUCCCCCCAGAUUUACUAUGGAGGGAACCGCUGUUUGAUCAGCUUAUUGCAAACGUGUAUGAACCAGGUGAGGGAAUAUGUGCACAUGUUGAUCUCAUGCGAUUUGAAGACGGAAUCGCCAUCGUCUCUCUGGAGUCUACCUGUGUGAUGCAUUUCACAAGAGUUGAAACUGAAGUAUGUGAUGUGGAGAAUGAAUGUGGGAGAGUUAUUCCCUCAAACAAAGUACCAGUCCUUUUGACCCCUGGUUCAUUAGCCUUAAUGUGGGGUGAGGCAAGGUACCUAUGGAAGCAUGAGAUAAACCGGAAGCCUGGGUUUCAAGAAUGGGAAGGCAGAGAAAUCAGCCAGAAGAGAAGAAUCUCAGUUACAUUGAGAAGGCUUUGCCAGAAUGAGUAGAUUCUCACAAACUCUACCAAGAAUUCAAGAAAUGAAGCUAUUCAUCAUCUUAUCAGAUGUUGUAACGAGAUGCUGCUGCAAAUAUGCCAAUUUCCAUUGAUAAAAUGUAAAGAUAUUUAAAGCCAAAUCAAGUUUAUCAGAUUUAAUAACCGCAAAAGAUUUCAACAAAA